AGAGCAGUAGAGGCAAGUUACCAAGACUGAGAGGAAGCUAGUCCAGUCUUUUCAGGACUAAAAAAAAUGCACAAGAAAAAGCAUAUUAAACAUGGAACAAACAAGCAGGAGAUUAUUAACAUAGGAACAAAAUCUCCCACAUUUCAAGAAAAGCAGAGACCCUCGAAGACAGACCAGAGAUCUACUGUGUGGAGAGAAGAACAGAAAAAACAGGAACUGAAAGUUCACAGAAUAUUCCACCCCCAGCCCAGGACAGGAUUCGAUGUGGGCAAAGGAAUAGAUCCCUGGCUGACAACAUGGCAAAUGAUAACUGUCAUCUUAGCAACGUUAUGCAUUAUUUUGGUCACAAAAGUGGGCUUCUUGAUUCCAAGCUUAUUUUCUAAAGGAGAAAAACAAAGCAGAAAGUUCUCCCUUCUUGAUCCUCUAUGUGACAGGAAUGAUGACUCCUCCUGUGAUUUUUGUUCCAGUGACUGGAUUGCUUUUGGAAACAAUUUCUAUUGUGUUUUUCGAGAAAACUCAAAAACCUGGGUAGAGAGUCAGUCUGCGUGUGAGGAGCUGAAUUCUCAUCUUGUGAUCAUAGACUCCAAAGCAGAGGUGGAAAAUUUGUUAUUGUUUGAAAUGGAUGGGUGGAUUCUUCACAGAAUGGAUGGAACCAACAGUUCCAGGUUGUGGGGAAAUGACAUUAAAAUACGGAACACCCUAAUGAAUGAUUCAGAAAAGAAGAAUCAUAGCUGCCAUUAUCUGCGUGGAAACAUAUUCAUGCCUGAUGAAUGUUCAGCUAAGAAAACAUACAUCUGUGAAUUUAAUAUAUGAUGACACCAAUUACACUAGUAUAAUUUUAUUUAAUUAUGAAAAUCAAAAUGUCUGUAAUUUGUUGAGUUUAUAAUUGUUACUCUGAAUCUUAGUCAAAAGGCCAACAAUGAUGUUAUUUUUUAAGUUUUAAAGAUUUUUUUUUACUGAACUGAGAAGAUGCUGUUUAUUAGUUUUACCUUCCAUAUUGUAUUGAGAUUUAUUAAUAUUCUUACCAGAGACCAUCACUCUUAAAUAUUCAAUACCAUGUAUGUCCAGUAACUGUACAAAACUCUUAAGGUAAUGAAAGAAUCCCAUAUCAAUUAAGUGGUGUUUUCAAAACUUAUCAAGGUCUGUGUACUUUUCAUGUAUAAGAAACAGGGACUCUACAGAGCAUGUGGAGGUCAAAGGGCAACUUGGUGGAAUUGGUUCUCUUCUACUCUUAUGUGGAUUUCAGGGAACAACCUCAGGUCUCCAGACUUGUAUAAGGUUUGCUACCCACUGAUCUGUGCUACUGGCCUGGAUUUUUAUUUUGGAGUAUGCGUAGACUAUGUCACUCAGCCUGGUCUGUAUUCCCAGAGCUCAAACUAGUUUUGCAUCUCAGCAGAUCUAGUAGGUAGACCAGAGAUACAGCCUCACCCAGUGUAAUAUUCCUACUGGGCAGCUAUCUCUGGAGAUUGUUCAAAAGACAUAUUGAUGAUUCUGCUUGAAAUAGCAAGAACGGGUUUAGUGGAAAAACAAUAAAUAACAAAUGCAGCUUAGGUUGAAAUAGUUAAGAAGCUUAGAGCCUGGAGCUCAGUCCCAGCGAGGGCUUUGAGGUAUAGAGUGCACUCGGCUCUGCAGAGGCUAGGGGUUCAAUUCCCAGCACCCAUUUGCCAUCUCAAAAAGCAGCCUGUAACUCUAGUUCCUAUAGAUCUGACAUCCUCUUCUCAUCUUCCUGGGCUCCUACAUGCACAUGGUACACACAAAAACUCACAACUGCACUCACAGAUCUAUUGAAGUGACCACCACCAUACAAUAUUCAUACCAUAUUCUCCUGACUCUAUUUUGUCCUUGCUUACCUUUCUACCCACCUACACCACCUACCCUAGAAACACAAUUAAAUUCCCAUGUUCCAGAUGUUUUAACCAGAAUAACAAAUAUUUAUACCAAUUUAACAUAACCUAAAUAACUGGAGAAGGUAUGACUCAAAAAUUGUCAUGCUGUGUCUAAAAUUAUUAGAAUGUUCUGCCAAAAAUUAUUUUUUCAAGGUUACUUUGAUCCCUGUCUAACCUUGAUAUAAAUUAUGGUCGUUGUAGAUUUUGCCUUUAAAAAUACUGUGCCCUUGAGUUUCAGCAUCACAAAUUGUUGAGAUAUGAACUGCUCUUGGUCAACAGCUAAUAAAGGACUCAUAUAUUUCCACUUAGCUUUUUUUUUACAGAAGGUUUAUAUUUUUCUUGUAUGGAUUAUUACAAUAAAAAAUACCAAGUAAAUCAACUUUUGAAAAAGAAACUCAGUCUGGCCACAAUUGUAAGGCAUUGCCUUUUCUGGAAAGCAGCUAAUACUGUACUUUCAGCCAUUUGAAGGUGACAUGGUGAUGAGAGAACAGAUGAGAGAGCCAAGAAAGGAACAAAAACCAUCAUGGGAAAACACAAUUCUUGUGCUAAAAAGUCCCAAACUGAACAUUUAAAAUUCUAAUAUUUCAAAUCUUUGAAGAAGCAAUGGUGAGCAGUUCUCCAAAUGCGGUUCUAAAAAUUAUUAUUUGGAUUAAAAUACAAUAAUCUAUAAAACUAUGAAGAGAAACUUCAGAGAGGAAAACCACAGCUAUGAGCACCAUUGUCAUACUGCUGACAUUUAGAGAUGAUGACUGUGGGGUUGGAGCAAAUGCUCCAUGACUGAGAGCACUGGCUGCUCUUCUAGAGGACUCAGAUUUACUUUCCAGUGCAUCAGAGUAGCUCAUAAUCAUUUGUAACUCCAGUUCCACCGAAUCCAAUGUUCUCUAUGUUUUCAGAGGGCACACACAUGGUAAAGACACAGCCAACGGCCCAUACACAUAAAAUAACAAUGGUGAUGCUGGUGAUGACUAUACAAGGGAAAACUAAUAAUGAAAAUAAAGAUGAUGACUCUACAUGUAAUACAUCCAAACAUAACUGUUAUGGUCAAUAGAACAAUAUUAUAGAUAUUUUAUCAGAAUUAGUAAAUUUAAAAACCUCUUCAGACUUUUGAUUUGAGCCAACAAACACUGGGUGCUUUGAAGCAAAGUAAUAUAGCAAACAAACAAAAGAGUCCAUGACCAUAAUGGAGGACUGAAGUUCUUACACAGUGUCUUCUGGACAUUGCAUGGCUGUGGAACUCCUGAACUCACUGAAGCUGUGGUUAUAAAGGCUCACUCCUGGUUUAAUGUGUUUGUAUAUAUGUGAAACACAUGAAUUUGGUUUUUCCUACUUAUAUAAGCAAGCAUGGGAUUAUUUACUGGAAUAUAGGCAACUUCCCCAUAGCCACACCACUGAAGAAACUGAUACAUCAUACCCUAGCACACAUUUAUUACCCUAGUUUUUCAGUAAGAUGUGAGGCUUCAUGAGGGCAUUGCCAUUCAAGAUGACAGGUCUAAGGAAGUCUCUCACCAGGGCUAACUAGAGAUUCCAGCUGCUCUUAGGAUUGGACCAUGAGAAUUAUAUUUUUUUCAUUUGUCUUUACAAAGCAUCCAGAUUACAGUGUUCUGUUACACCAUGUACUGGCUGGUUUGGAGUGUCAACUUGACACAGGCUGGAGUUAUCACAGAGAAGGGAGCUUCAUUUGGGGAGAUGCCUCCACGAGAUCCAGCUGUAAGGCAUUUUCUCAAUUAGUGACCAAGGGGGAAAGGCCAUUGUGGCUGAAACUGAACUAAAGGUUCCCAGCAUUAGGUAGAUGGAGAACCAGGGCUCAAGCCUUGUACCAUUUCCUCUUUAUCUGAAUCCCAGUCCCACUUGUGCAGACAGUGUAGGAUUACAUUGUGCCUGAUGUUGUCCAGUGAGCUUACUGUUUUGCAAUUAAAUCCCGUUUCUGUUCAUGGCUCUUUGUUUUCUUCCUGUAACAAUAUAUUUUCUUCUCUUCAGCCUAUGCUGGUUUUAGCUAAUUCUACUUCUAAAAUUAAAAAUGUGAUCUC